AGAUAUUCUCUUCUUUGCAGAGGACUUUUUUCAAAAGAUUACAGCGAGACUCAUUAUUCCCCUGACGGCAGAGAAAUUACAACAUACCCCUCGGUUGAGGAUCACUGCUAUUAUCAUGGACGCCUCCAGAAUGAUGCUGACUCAACUGCAAGCAUCAGUGCAUGCAAUGGUUUGAAAGGACAUUUCAAGCUUCAAGGGGAGAUGUACCUUAUUGAACCCUUGAAGCUUCCCGACAGUGAAGCCCAUGCAGUCUACAAAUACAAAAAUGUAGAAAAAGAGGAUGAGGCCCCCAAAAUGUGUGGGGUAACCCAGACUAAUUGGGAAUCAGAUGAGCCCAUCAAAAAGGCCUCUAAGUUAGUUGUUACUGCUGAACAACGAAGAUUCACCAAAAGAUAUGUUGAGCUUGUCAUAGUUGCGGACUACAGAAUGGUCACGAAGCACAAUGAAAGUUUAAGAACGUGGGUUUUUCAAAUGGUCAACAGUAUAAAUGUGAUUUACAUACCUUUGAAUAUUCGUGUCGCACUGGUUGGUCUCGAAAUUUGGUGCAAAGAAGAUUUGAUUAAUGUGACAUCAGCAUCAGGAGUUACUUUGGACUUAUUUGGAAAAUGGAGAGAGACAGUCUUGCUGAAUCGCACAAGUCAUGAUAAUGCUCAGUUACUCUCAGCAAUUGACUUCAAUGGACGAACUAUAGGAAGGGCUCACGUGAGCAGCAUGUGUGACCCGAAGCGUUCUACCGGAAUUGUUCAGGAUCAUAGCGCAAUAAAUCUUUUGGUUGCAGUUACAAUGGCCCAUGAAAUAGGUCAUAAUCUGGGCAUUCAUCAUGACAUAAAAUACUGUACUUGUGGUGCUCCCUCAUGCGUUAUGGCUGACCAGCUAAGAGAACAACUUUUCUAUGAGUUCAGCAAUUGUAGUCUUAAUCAAUAUCAGACGUAUAUUACCAAUUAUAACCCACAAUGCAUUCUCAAUGAACCCUUGAGAACAGAUAUUGUUUCACCUCCAGUUUGUGGAAAUGACCUUUUGGAGGUGGGAGAAGAAUGUGACUGUGGCUCUCCUAGAACUUGUCGAUAUCCGUGCUGUGAUGCUGCAACGUGUAAACUACACUCGUGGGUAGAGUGUGAAUCUGGAGAGUGUUGUGAGCAAUGCAGAUUUACGAGUGCAGGAAAUGUAUGCCGGCCAGCAAGGAGUGAGUGUGACAUUGCUGAAAGCUGCACUGGCCAAUCUGCUGACUGUCCCACAGAUCACUACCAUAGGAAUGGACAACCAUGCCUAAACAACUUUGGUUACUGCUACAAUGGGAAUUGCCCCAUCAUGUAUCACCAAUGUUAUGCUCUCUGGGGGCCAGGUGCAACUGUGGGUCAAGAUGCAUGUUUUGAUAGUAACGAGAGCGGCGACAUUGUUUUCUACUGCAGAAAGGAAAAUAAUGUAAAGAUUCCAUGUGCACGAGAGGAUGUAAAGUGUGGCAGGUUAUUCUGCGAAUUUAAUAAUUUUCCGUGCCAAUACAAAUAUUCAGAGGACCUAGAUUAUGGAAUGGUUGAUCAUGGAACAAAAUGUGAAGAUGGAAAGGUCUGCAGCAACAGGCAGUGUGUUAAUGUGACUACAGCCUACUAAUCAACCUCUGGCUUCCCUCAGAUUUGAUUUUGGAGAUCCUUCUUCCAAAAGGUUCAACUUCCCUCAAGUCCAAAGAGACCCAUCUGCCUGCAUCCUACUAGUAAAUCACCCUUAGCUUUCAUAUGGAA